AUUCCUAUAGGCAAUGGAAACUGAUCUUAAUUCCCAGGACAGAAAGGACCUGGACAAGUUUAUUAAAUUUUUUGCCCUCAAGACUGUCCAAGUGAUUGUCCAGGCUCGACUUGGUGAAAAGAUUUGUACUCGUUCAUCUUCUUCUCCAACGGGUUCAGAUUGGUUUAAUUUAGCAAUCAAAGACAUCCCAGAGGUUACCCAUGAAGCAAAGAAGGCACUGGCUGGGCAGCUUCCUGCUGUGGGGCGCUCUAUGUGUGUGGAGAUCUCACUCAAGACUUCUGAGGGAGAUUCCAUGGAGCUGGAAAUUUGGUGUCUUGAAAUGAAUGAAAAGUGUGAUAAAGAAAUCAAAGUUUCCUACACGGUGUACAACAGACUGUCACUGCUGCUGAAAUCUCUUCUUGCCAUAACUAGGGUGACGCCAGCUUACAGACUCUCCAGAAAACAAGGGCAUGAAUAUGUCAUAUUGUACAGGAUAUAUUUUGGGGAAGUUCAGCUGAGUGGCUUAGGAGAAGGCUUCCAGACAGUUCGAGUUGGGACAGUGGGCACCCCUGUUGGCACCAUCACUCUUUCCUGUGCUUACAGAAUUAAUUUGGCAUUCAUGUCCACCAGGCAAUUUGAGAGGACCCCACCUAUCAUGGGGAUUAUCAUUGAUCAUUUUGUGGACCGUCCCUAUGCUAGCUCCUCUCCUAUGCACCCCUGCAAUUACAGAACUGCUGGUGAGGAUGCUGGAAUAACAUACCCAUCAGUGGAAGACUCUCAAGAAGUGUGUACCACCUCCUUUUCCACCUCUCCUCCCUCCCAGUGUGUGUUUACUGUCACAAAGGCACAUUUUCAGACCCCUACUCCUGUGGUGACGGACACUCUGAGGGUCCCCAUGGCAGGACUGGCCUUUUCCCAUCAACUCUCAAGCUCUCGCCUUUCCUAUCAGCCUGCUGUCCUGGGCCUUGGAUCAGCUGACCUGGCUUAUCCAGUAGUGUUUGCUGCUGGCUUAAAUGCUACACACCCUCACCAGCUUAUGGUUCCUGGGAAGGAAGGUGGAGUACCCCUUGCUCCCACCCAGCCCGUACACGCUGCCCAGGCUGAGCAAGAGAGACUGGCAACUCACACUCCUGCUGAUGGUAUCCACUGUGCUGCCACACCUUCCAGCAGUGAGGACACUGAAACUGUAUCCAACAGCAGCGAGGGACGGGCCUCCCCACAUGAUGUCUUGGAGACAAUCUUUGUCCGAAAAGUGGGAGCUUUUGUCAACAAACCCAUCAACCAGGUGACUCUGACAAGUUUGGACAUCCCCUUUGCCAUGUUUGCUCCUAAGAAUUUGGAGCUGGAAGAUGCUGAUCCUAUGGUGAACCCUCCAGACUCCCCAGAAACAACAUCUCCUCUCCAUGGCAGCCUGCACUCAAAUGGCUCCAGUGGGGACAGCAGCAGUAAUGCCCAUGACGACUUUGUGAUGAUCGACUUUAAACCAGCUUUCUCUAAAGACGACAUUCUUCCAAUGGACUUGGGGACCUUCUAUCGUGAAUUUCAGAACCCCCCUCAGCUGAGCAGCCUCUCCAUAGAUAUUGGAGCCCAGUCCAUGGCUGAAGACUUGGACUCAUUACCAGAGAGGCUGGCUGUUCAUGAGAAGAACGUCCGUGAAUUUGAUGCCUUUGUAGAAACUCUGCAGUAAUUUCCUCAAGCACUAGCAGCAUCCCUUUCUAUGGUCCCAGGGGACAGAGAGCCUCCCACUCCUCCGCUGUUCCUGUCUCUCAUGCUGCUCCUAGCUGAGUAGAGGGAAGGAUGGUUCCCCAUGGGGAUCCAGAAGCCCUGCUCUUGAAUCUCCUGGAGACUCCAUGGUGGUGGUCAGGCCAAGUGACUGCCUUUGAGAGGACUCACCCUCUGGCCUUGGAGAUGGAAGACUCAUUGUAACAAAACUUCAGCAGGGCCAUCUGCAUUCCCACCCGUCAUAAGUUGAUUCACAAAAGGUGUCAUGCAGUUCCUGCUGUGGCCAGCCUCCUCUCUCUGUCUGCCCUGUAGCUGGAACUGCAUGUAUGUUUUUACCAUAAACCAUUUGACAUCCCAGCUGGUGGCCCAGAGGCUGGGGAAAGGCAGAAAGAGGAAGGAGAGCAUUGGGAGGAAGAACGAGGGUCGUGUAGGCCCUCUGGGUGUCUCUUUUAGUUCCUAGGUCUUCUCUCAGUCUCUUCUCUUCUCUUGCCUGUGCUUUAGGCAGUAAGAGAGGCAUGCUUACCCAAGAUGACAAGAACCACAGGCUGUGCUGGCCCUUACCAGAGGUCUGAGCUGCCCUGGUGGCUGCCUUUGCUCAGUUCCUCAGCUCCAUGUCGGGGAGAAGGGGGACUGAAUCUUGUGUCUCUAGGAUUCUAUUAUCAAGAGCCACAGUAAAGAUUUUUCCCUUCUCCUCCCUCCUCCAGAUUGCUGCUCCUUGGUUAGAGGACAUGGUAAAUAUUUAUUACUUUCAGAGAAAUCAGAUAUUUUAUAGGAGAAAAUAUGUUUGAGGUUAGAUGUUUCACUUGGGGAAGGCGCAGGGCCUCUUCCUGGGACAGAGGCCUCCUGUGGAGGUUCCUCGGGAUCUGGGCUACUGCUUGGAUGGAGGCUCUUUCUUCCCGUUGCAUAGAAAGUGGGAUCCGAGAAUGGGGCUGGUGAGGGCCAAGUGACCUCCAAGAACUGCAUCUGAACUAACAGCAGGCUUUCCCCUGCACACCUACAGACUCAUGGUAAGUGCAUCACUUGCACACAGCUUCUGCAGUGUCUCCCUCUGGCAGCCCAGGAAGUCCUGGAGGUGCUUUAAAUGCAGUGACCCCUCAGAGUUGCACACAUGCAGUGUCCAAGAGGCAUGGGUGUGUCCCUGCUACUGGAGUACUUGUUCUUAAUCCUCGAGGCUGGACUCCUCCUUCUGCUUGGCCUUGGUCACCACCUCUCUUUAAUACCAGGGUCUGUACAUUGCCCUGGGUUUACAAGCUGGAAUGAUUUCCUAUUGAGAAACCAAAGCGGGGCAUGUGAUCGACUUAACUCUUCAGGUAUUUUGCUUGAGGAAGUCCAGUGCCUCACUACCUGUCCUCUCCCAGCCUGGCCUAGCAGAACCAGACUGCCUUGUGCUCCUGGCCCUCUCGGUACUCAUUGGCAGCAGCUGUUUUUCAGUGGAGUAGGUUUAACUCUCAGUUGCAUGUUAGUGAACUGCACGUGACCCUGUUCCCACUACCAGGCUGAUUUCUGAGGGCUGGAGUGGGCUUUGGAGGGGAGCCCUGCCCCUGUACAUGGUUCUGCUACCAGAGAAGUGUUCCCAGACGUGGUGGCCAACUGGCCAUCUUGUCUUUGAGCCAUGGCACAUCCAUGGCCUUUUGAACCAAUCAGGUUUGCCCCCAGGGCCAUUGCUGAGGAGGAAGAGCCCUGGUAAAUUGAUGUCCCCAUCCUGGCCACUGCCUUCCCUCCCAGCCCCUGCAGGGAAAGGCCUGCUAUUGUCUGAGGUCGUCUUUGACUCCCUAUUCAUAGCUUCUGGGCAGUAGCCUUUCUCCAGGAUUCCUCCCUGUGAAAAGGCCAGGGAGGCUGAGCCCUGACUGAGCUGAGCCAGGGAGAAAGAGCAGGGCAGCUAUCCAGGCAGCCCUUGGCCCUGCAUGAUGGAAAGGAUGAGCCCUAGACUGACCCUCACAGUAUCCCCAGGCAGAGGCUGGGACCAGUCAACUGCCUCCAGGUGGCAAAGGCUCUCUUCCUCAUCUAGUGUACUUUGGAAAUAACUGAGCUAUACUUUGAAAUGUAUUCAAAAGAUUUCCAAUAAAAUUUUUUCUGUACUUUACAACUUCCUGUCCCACAAGUUGUCUGGAUACCUAACCCACCCCUUCCCACCUCUAGGCAGGUCUGGGUCACCAUCAGGCUCUCUGAAAAGGGGAGGAUGGGACCUUGUGAAGCUCAGAAAGUCCUUGGGGCUUGACCACAGGGUGCUGGCAGUGCUGGGUUAGUCAGGAAGCUUCCUAGGGCCUCAUUUGCCUUGUAUUAUUCCCAUGACAGUGGAGUGGUGCAUUUUAAUAUUCAAAGAAAAUGUUUAUCACAAGUACACCUGCAGUAAAAUCUCCAUGAGAGGUAGACCACUGUCAUCAGCUCUUUAUUCUUCCUUACACAACACACUUUGCCUGUAGGAGAUGGUCCUGGCUGGGAGGGAAGGAAAAGUGGUAGAUGCUGCCAUUUUCCAGCAGAAGACAGGAGGGUGCGGUUACUGUUAGUAAGAGGGUUGUGGCUGAGUGAACCUGAUGGAAGGGAAGGAAGUGAGGGAAGUAGCAGGAAGUUAAGCGCCUGUGCAAGUUUAUUUUGCUGCCCUAAUCUGAUAAAUGACCCCAGUAAGGGUGCUGAACUCUUAGGGGAGCUGGGAAGAGAAGGGCCCUGCAGGGACCAGGCCUGUCUGACCCCAGGGGCUCUGCCUGCAGGCCUCCUAACCCUGGCAAAGCUAGCACGGGUUCCUAGUUUUACGCCUUUAGUGGUGGCAUGGGAGGGGAUCCAGUGUGCCAAAGGCAGAAAUCGUUCUAGAUGCAAAAGAGACUAACUGUCCACCUCCCUUCUUGUUGAAUGAAGUCAGUCAGACCGCAGAACAAAAACGGGACCCUCAAUGCAUGCAUGAUGGCUCACACCUGUAAUACUAUUUUGG